AUGUCCGUUACGAUUUACAAGCACAUUGAAAGAUUAGUUCACGAAAAAACAAUUCAUUUAAUAGAUUAUGCUGAGUUUAAUCAAGCAGGAAAACCUGUUGAAAAUAAACACAUCAUAUGUGUUAAAAAAAAAGGGAAAAAUGAUCUAGUAAAUUUAAGUUUAUUGAAGAAUUUUGGUAUAUAUAACGAUAGUGUCACUAGAUUGAUGAUUGAAGAAUAUGCUACCAUGGACUUGCGUACUUAUCUUAAAAUAUGUUCGGAUGGUGCUCCUCUAACAUGGCACGAUAAAUUAUUAUUAACGAGCGGAAUAGUUAAUGGUCUAAAAUACCUUCACGAUAACGAUAUAAUUCACUCAGAAUUGCAUGCGAAGAAUAUCGUUAUGUAUAACGAGAUUCCUAAAUUGACUAAUAUCGGAAUGCUUCAAGCUCACGCAUCUGGUGACUUUUCGUUCUCUAAAUACAGCCCUCCCGAAAUUUUAUUGUCACUUGCGGUUAGGGAUAAAAAAAAGUUAAACAUUUAUAGCCUAGGGGUUUUGAUGUGGGAGAUUUCUAAUGAUGGUAUUGAGCCUUUUCCUCAAAACGUCCGACCUGAUUGUGAACAAAUUAUCAAGAAACUAAAAAAUAUAUCACUCUCGGACUCAUAUGAUGGAAGAAAAAUUGCAAAUACUGCUGGUCCCCGGAUAUAUGAACCCAAACCCAAACCCCAAACUAAAAAGAGUAUCGAUCUUGAUUUAAAUUGCGAGUUGGAUUAUGAAAAGUUAUUUAGACAAAAGAUGUUAAGGGUCGAGUUUAUUAACCAUUUUGCCUUAAACCGAGGUAGAAAUCUUAAUGGACUUGAUUUUCGUCGCGGGGUAGGAAUUAUAUUACGUGAUGAUGGUAAUCCAAAAAUUUGUAAAAUGACUUCGAGUUCUCCAGUCAUCUAUCUUCCACUGAAUAACGAAUCAUCAUGGAUAGAAUUAACUAAUUCAAGUUUAUUUGAAAUUAAAAACGAGAAUAAUAUGGGUUCAAAAUAUGACGAUGUACGGAUCCAUAUUCCAAUUUCAGCUGUGCAAUAUACUGCUAAACCUACAGAUGAAUUUAUUCAAAAGAUUAAAAGUGCACUUAAUAUUCCAAGUGAAAGUGAAAGGCGAAGAGCAUUAGAAACAUGGUUUAAUCAUUUCGGCAAUUACGUUGUGAAAAAGGUCAUACUUGGCGGCGCUAUUACGAUUAGAGAUUGGUCAAGAGUCUCUGAUGAAAGUAAAUCAUAUUUAAAGAGUUACAUACAAUGGGGAAUCGACUUUGGAAAGGGAAGGACUUCGGAAAUUUUUGAGGAUGUUCCACUUGAUAAAUUGCCUAAACUUGAAACUUCUGCUGAAAUCGAAACUAUCGGUGAUUUAUAUAGUUGGUUUAAAAGUUUAUAUAGUUUAAAGUUCGCAGAAAUUAUAUCAUAUGAAGAAUUUAUUCCAUCUUAUGAAUUAUUGCCAGGAGAUUUACAACAACUAUUGUUUAGAGUUAUUGGUUCUAAACCUGCUGAAGCAUCUCGCGAGAAAUUAAUUCCGAAUAUUUCGUCUCAAUAUGACAAGCAAGAUAUUCUAAAGUGGAUAAUAAUGCACCCACCACUUAGCUUAUAUCUUGGAGAUUGGGUCCAUAAUAAUGAGUUACAAUGUGGUGUAAUCCUACAGCAAUCAAGUCAGAAACAUGGCAAAAAGGCAGCAUUUAAAUUUUUAAAGGAGCCAAAAAUAACAGAACUAAAUAAAAUCACGAUUUUAUUAGCACAACCACAAACUCUUCAAGAUGCCUAUUUAUUAGAGAACGGCAUUGUCUUAAAAAAAGAUGAUGGUUUAGGAUUAGAACUUGAUAAAAUCCCUUUUGCUGAGCAUAGUUCGACACUUAAUUAUCCUUUAGAAGAUUUUAAAUGUACUAAAGAUCAACCUUCAAAAUCAAUUUAUUGUCAAAUAAUUGUGCGCAUGGCAAAUAUUUCUUUUAACUUUGCAGAUAUCAAGUCUCUGCAAGAGUUUUCAGAUGCAGUCAAUAAUGCACUUCAAAGUAAUGAACCAUAUAAAAAUCUUUGCAAAGUGUUUGGAAAUGACUAUGGGCAUUUAUUACCUAGAACUUUCACUUUAGGCGGAAUUCUAUCGAAAAAGUAUAAGUCUUAUACAAACACAAUUCUACCACAAAGAUUUGAAUAUAAUUUAAAUGACCCUCAGACACCUCAAAAUAUUGUAAAAAAGCUAACAGAGUGGAAUAAAGAACUUCAGCAUAUAGAUACUUCAUUCUUUUAUAGUGAUAGCGGUGAUUUAGUCUGUCGCGACGAUAUUGGCAACUGGCUUAAAGAUCUAAUGAAUAAACAGAGUGAUUGGAAAGUUAUUAAUUCUGAAGAUUGGAUACCGCUUUAUCAAAUUUUGAAAAAAACACGCUCUGAUAUAGACGAUAUUUUUAAUAAUUAUCAAAUUGUUUUUAAUGGAGAGGAGUCAUUGCAGAAGGAUGAACAAACUACAAUAAUUAUUAAGUUUCCUGGUUCACUUAUUGACAAUAAUUAUCAUUGUUUCGGGACCAUUGUAAAAAGAAACGAAGAUGGAGGUUGGGUAAAAAUUCCUAAAUUAUUCGUUCGAUUUGAUUAUCUUAAUAAAGAUGGGUGUGCUGCAUAUAUACACAACGAUGAAAAUUGUGAUAUACGCUUAAAAAAAGUAGAUACAAAACUCCUCUGGUUUGUACUCGCCGAUCCAAAAGGAUAUUGUAGUAAUAAGAACAGAAAUGUUAAAGUCGUCCAUGGAAACUUUAAUAUCAUUAAAGCCCAAUCUGAGGUAGCUCUGAAUAGUAAAAACCUCUCUACAAAUUGCGUUCUAGUAACAUCAAUUGCUUCUAAAAAUGGUUCAAGUUUUUAUGACAUAAAACUUAAAGCUUGGACGAAAACUAAAAUUUUACUCGAAUUAACAAAGGAUCAAGUUAAAGUUGAUUCGCAGCCUAUUGAAGACGGCUUUGAUGACACAGGCUCUGAUGGUGAAGUGGAUAACUUUGAUUCAGAUAAGAUGAAACAAUUUAAUCGAGAAACUACUGUUCUUGACUGGUGUAUUAUAUACACAGAUGAAAAAAUGGAUAGUGAGGCUGAUGAAUCCUUAAAAUACCCAUGGUCGAUAUUUGGUAAUAAUCUCGAUACCAAUAAGAAAAUAUUGGGCCAAGAUGAAAUAGACCUUUAUGAACGACCAUCUCGGAUGUCGUUAGAAGAUGCAAUGGAACAACAUGUUAAACAAGAUGGUAAUAGACUUGAAGCAUGGAAAACACUUGUUCAUCAUGCUCGAGAAGGAAACCAUAUUGCAAAAUACUGGGUUGGAUAUUACCUACAACAUGAUAUCCUUACAGCGUUUAAAAUUUUUAAGAGAAAAUUUUAUGAAGAAGUUGUUGACGAAUUUGCAGAAGGAACAGACAACUAUCAACUGGUUGCAAUGAAGUUAUACAAACAAUCUGCGGACGCAGGCUAUCCCGAAGCCCAAUUAAGAUAUGGUUUUGGCCUUUAUAAUGGAAAUGGCAUUAAUCAAGAUAAGAAGGAAGCUAUGCGAUAUUUUAGGUUAGCUGCAAAAAAUGAUAAUCCUAUUGCAAUGUAUAAUUUAGGGGUUGGUUUGAUGUUGGGCGAAAACGAAGUAGAAGGGAAGAAAUGGAUAAUAGAAGCGGCUAGACUUGGUCAUCUAAAAGCAGUUGAAUUUUGCAAUAAUAGCGGAAUUAAUUACUAA